UAAUCCUGGUAUUCUCUGCAGAAUACAUAAAUGAAGCAGCUGCUGCAAACUGGAGAUUCUUCUCAAAGCACCAGUACUUUGAUUCUCAAGGAAUGUUUAUUUCAUUAGUGUUUUCAGUACCAUUACUCCUAAACGCCAUCCUCAUAGUGAUUGCUUGGGUCUAUAAAACAGUGAAAGUAAUGACGGAACUAAAGACAAUACAGCAGAAAAGGAAAGCAAGGAGAGAAAAUAAGAAAAGUCAAUAAAUAAGUCUAUCUUUUGUAACUGGUUAUGUUACCAACUAUUCUGUCACCCAUAUUAACUUGAGGUUGGAAGUUAGGGAUUUUUACAUUCCUUUAUAAAUGGUCUUAUGUUCUCACAGUUCUAUGAAAAAAAAUCAUGUUCAUUUUGAGCCCAUUGUUAGAGCAAUUCUUAUAUGGCAUUUUGCUAUAUAGACUACUAUUUCAUUCUGAACCAGUCAUAAGGCAUCUCAUACGUUUAUUAGAAUUUCUCUAACGUGCUGUUUUAUCAUAGCUCAAUACAGGGGUUGUUCAUGGUUUUAUGAUGAUGUGCAUCAAAUAUGCCAAAAUGAACAAGUAAAUUUUAAUAAGUACCAGUUCAUAAAACUGGUUAGCUACAUAAUUGCCACUCACGAUUAAUUUCCAUUUAGGAAUUAUCAUAGCAUAUAACAAAUAGUUUAUAC